AUGUGGAGAGAAAAUGAAUAUCACGACUCUAAAUGUCAAAGUAAUCAGGAACAGGAACUAAGAAUGGAGAAACCUGUACCAAGCAAUUUAUGUCCACUUUUUAACAGAAAGAGCGAUAACAGAACAAUAAAUGGUAGUCAAUUACAUAACAAUCGAAUAUCAUCCUCAAAUAGUAUUGCAUUGUGUCAUUGUAUGAACCAUUACUCAGCUUCGCACAUUUCCACUCCAAAUUCAAGUACUAGCAUUGUUGUUGAUAUUACUCCCAAUGGUAAAAAUCCUCAAUACACUGAUAUAGCUGAUGAAGAACCUAAUCCUGAAACUGUUUCACCAAAUCCAAGCUCCUAUAUUAGAAAUAGAUUGAAUCUCCUUGCUAGUAGAAACUUGUUACAUUUACAUGGUCAUCCUAGUAGUGAACAUCAAUCAUUUAUGAAACUAUCGACUGCAGACAUAGUUUCUAACAUUCCUGAUCUUCAAUAUAAUGAAACUGCAGUUCAAGAUAUGGUUAUUAGCAAGCUCAGUAUGUCUACCCAGCUACUUCCAGAUACUAUUGAAGAGGUCAGGAAAAGAGAUCCUGAAGUAGUAUCAAGAGCUCUAGUUCAAACUCUAGAGGAAAAUAGUAAACAAAAGUCAGUUCAGUAUUGGAGCCAAAUAGAGCUGAAGGAAAUUGAAAGAGAGCUUUCUACAGAUUUGUGCAAUGGGCUUGAAGAACAAAAAGCACAAAAUCUUCUUGAAAAUAAGUAUGGUCCAAAUACUUUGCAAAAGGAGAAACAUGAUUCAGUACUAAAAAUCUUUCUUAACCAGUUCACUUCUUUGGUUAUAAUUCUUCUACUAAUAGCUGGUAUAGUUUCACUAGCUUUCCAAGAGUGGGUAGAGGGUGCAGGUAUUUUACUCAUAGUACUAAUAAAUGCAACACUUGCCACAUAUAUGGAAAAUAGUGCUUCUACUGCACUAGCAAAACUUGCAGACUUAUCAACGCCAAAGUGCACAGUUGUUCGUGAGGGGGAGAUUAGUAUUAUACCUGCACACCUUCUCAUACCUGGGGAUGUUGUUUUGCUCCGUACAGGAGAUAGUGUACCUGCAGAUGUAAGACUUAUUGAGGCAAUGGAAGUCAAGUGUAAUGAAGCAUUACUAACUGGGGAGUCAGAAGAUGUAUCGAAAGGUUUAAAAAAUGUUGAUCUUCUUAAUCCAUUCCCUACUAAUUUAUGCUUUGCAUCAACAGCAGUCACUAAUGGAACUGGAAAAGCCGUUGUAGUGUUGACAGGUAUGAAUACUCAAAUUGGAAGAAUAGCUCAACAGUUGAAGCUUGCACAAAACACUUCUAACAAUAGUACACCACUUCAAAUUGGUCUUAAUAGACUUGGAGGUUUUAUAGGGUUCAUGUCACUUCUUGUUCUGAUCAUAAUUGUUAUAAUUGCACUCUUAACAAAUUAUAGUGAUCCCACUCAUCCAAAUAGUAACCCAGUCUUUAGUAUCAUUUUAGUUGCUGUUGGUUUCGCAGUAUCAUCUAUACCGGAAGGCCUUCCCAUGGUUGUUACUAUUUGUUUAUCAAUAGGAUGCUCUGAAAUGUGCCGAAGAAAGGCAAACAUUAGGAAACUUCCUGCUGUUGAGACACUUGGAUGUUGCUCAGUGAUAUGCAGUGACAAGACAGGGACACUAACCGAGGGGAAAAUGACAGCAGUCAAACUGGCAACAUUUACAAGAGAAGAAAGAAAAUUAUCUACUACAGAUAAGCAAUGCAAUAAUAUAGAAACUGGAUCUAACAUACCAAAUCAAGAUUUUAUGACGUCAGUAUUCUCAUUUUAUCCUACAAGAGGAUUCGAUCCAAAUGGUGGAGUUUUCGAAGCUUCCAGUUUAACUCAGAAAGUAAAAGAAGACUUACUGAAUUUAGCCUCUAAGAACAUAAAUCCUUCAAUACAUCCCAAAUAUAAAAAUCUAGAACCUAAUGGAUCUGAUUACACUGAAACGACUUUAUUGCUACAGCAAAUGAAUUACAAUAAUAUAUGCACUGAUUAUGGUAGCCCUAUCAAUAGCCAUAUUGCAACUAGUAAGUGCGUCCGAACUACGUUAUUAGCAGGUUACUUAAAUAGUUAUGGAACAGUUUUAAAUUUUGAUAGUGAAAAUAAUACAUGGAGUACAAGAGGAAAUAUGAGUGAAGGGGCACUUGUAGUUGCUGCAGCAAAGGCAUCGCUUGGACUUUAUAGAAGGAAAUACAAAGAGUCACCGAAAAUUGUUGAAAAUCCUAAGUAUAAAGUAGAAAUGAACUCAAAUGUAGAGGUACUAAAAGUUAAAAAUCCGGUCAAUUGUAUAGAAAUGACUGGUAAAGUACACAAGAACAUGGCUAAUUUGAAUCAAUCUAUUUUAGUUGAAUCAACAGCUUCAGGGAAUUCUCCAGGAACAUUUAACGUAGAAGAAUAUACUACACCUGAGGUCAUGAAUAACUUCAGUAUUUUUGGGGAGAUAUAUACUCCGACUAAAUUUUCAAGUAGUAAUCAUAUUCCUAGUGAAAGUAGAUAUGAGAGAAUAUCAGUAGCAGAAGUACCAUUUACCUCUACUAGAAAAAUGAUGAUGACAGUACAUGCUCUUCCAACAGAAAAUAGAUUUGGGGAUAUAUACUUAGGCAAUGUAAAUGAAAGAGAUGUAUGCUGUUUGAUUAGUAAUGAAAAUAUUGACUAUAACAACAAUAAACAUGUAUCCAGAACAGUGGAUCAUUUUGAUUCGGAGUCUUAUACACACAUUGUGAUUAUUAAAGGAGCUCCUGAUAAACUCGUUGAAUAUACUGGAUAUACUCUUAAAACAUUCAAAUACGAAAAAUCAAGUUUUGUCUACUUUGAUCGUUCAGAUAAAAUUAAAUCUAGUGAGAAAGCAGAAGUAGAGGCUACAAAUAAAAAUUUAAGUAAUGAAGCAUUACGUGUACUUGCUAUAGCUAUCCUGCCUUUAACAAGUAAAGAUUAUCUAGAAUUGGUUAUGGAAGAAUCUAGUGACAAAAGACUGCAAAAUAUCUUGGAAAAGCGUGAGCUUAUUUUACUUGGAUUGGUUGGAUUUCUGGAUCCUCCACGACCUGGAGUUGAAAAGGCAAUAACAAAGUGCUGUGAAGCUGGUGUCAGAGUUAUCAUGAUAACUGGAGAUCAGCAGCCAACUGCAUGUGCUAUAGCAAAAUCCAUUGGCCUACUAGCUGAUGAAAAUUUAUCCACUGCAUCAAGUGUAACGGUAGAUGCUAUUGCCAAUCAUACGGUGACCAGUGUAUCUGGAUCAAUUGUAUGCAGUCAACUACACGAAGAAGGUGAUUCUAGUAAGCCCCACUUAAGUGAUGAUUUGUUUGAUGAAAUUGUAUCUUCAGUAAAUGUUUUUUGUCGUGCACAACCCGAAGAUAAAAUUGCAAUAGUUCGUUCUUUACAAAGGCAAGGAGAAGUAGUUGCAAUGACUGGAGAUGGAGUAAAUGAUGCUCCUGCUUUAAAAGCUGCAGAUAUCGGUGUAGCAAUGGGAAUAAGUGGUACUGAGGUGGCAAAAGGAGCUUCUGAAAUGGUCCUAUUAGAUGAUAAUUUUGUCACAAUUGUUAAUGCUAUAGAAGAAGGAAGAAAAAUUUAUUCUAAUGUACAAAAAUUUGUUGCUUUCUUACUUGGUACAAAUAUAGGUGAAAUUGUGUAUUUAUCAGUAGCUAUUGCUGCUCAACUUCCUAUCCCUAUAGCAGCCUUACAAAUCCUUUUUCUUAACCUGAUGUCGGAUGGUAGCCCUGCAGUCGCUCUUAGUGUAGAUCCUCCAGACCCAGAUAUGAUGAAGGUACCACCAAGGCCUAAAAAAAGUCCCAUUAUGACUAGAGACUGGUGGCUCUUCGGUAAUAUACCCCAUGCAAUUUUUGAGGCUGCAUGUGUACUUGUCGUUUUAGUAAUAGCUAUGUACACAUCACUAGGUGUUUUCCGUCGAGGUGCUAUUGAGUCACUAUGUCACCAUGGUGAUGGAGAAAGAUAUUAUUGCCAGACUCAUGAAUGGAGAUUUGGUGCAUAUAAUUCCAAUUCUAUUGGUUGGGUAACGAAUAUAGACUUUUUUAAUCCUUUGACAAAUCAAAUGGAACAAAUUUUUGGUGCUACUAUGGGGAAGAGUGAAGUCAUGCUAUCACCAAAUGAAAUUCCCUAUGUAUGGCAAGCUUAUAAUGAAGCAGAAAAUCUCGGCAUUCAAUGUAAAAGAGGAGUUAAUGGUUGGUGCAUACCUCCAACAAAGUUAUCUGAUGAAUACCUAGAUUUAGUUGCAUUUGGAACAAUUCGUGGUAGAACUGCAUCAUUUAUUACUGCCGUAUUUUGUGAGAUGCUGAGAGCUUAUACUGUCAGGACAUGGGAUUGGUUUAUAUAUGCUCUAUUUAAUAAUCCAUGGUUGCAUUUUGCAUGUAGUUUAAGUGCAAGUAGUACAUUAAUAGUCACAUUUACUCCUGGUUUGCAACAUAUCUUUGGAACAUUUACAAUAUAUUGGUGGCAAUAUAUACUUGCAAUUGGGAUGGGUUUUCUAAAUAUGUUUUUUGAUGAACUAGUUCCAAAACCUCUGUAUCGGAGAUUGGUUAAGAGAAGGAGAACCAGAGCCAAGAUGCUAGCUCAGAAAGAUGUUCAAAUACCACAAGUAUACUCACAGAAUUUUUUGUCCAUACUCAACAAGUAAAAUUGAGAUAUUUACUAUUUGAAAUAAGUAGCUCUUUUGGUUUAAUAAA